GCAACCAUUCUCCCAGUCGACAUUGCCGACAAUUGCCAGUGCAGAUGCUCGCCUGGUGGUUGCAGCCCGUUCACUUACAUGCUGCAAGGGUUGUGGUAUCGAGGGAAGCGGCACCCCAAGAGCAUAGCUUCUUGGUUCUGCUGGUACCUGGAAUCUUUCGAGGCGGAUCUUAGGCCGACGCACCACGUUGCCGCUAUUCGAUCCCUUACAUUCAACACUCUAGAUAUAUUGCAUACGUGCUGUUAUCCAGGUCCUGAAAAAGCAUGCGGCCACUCGCCAGACGAUGUCCACGACGUGGAAGAAGAAGAAGAAUAAGCUGCAAUGUUGGAACUGCUCGAAGAACUGGUAAAAGUCUUCGAGCGCCGCAUGGCCGUGAUUCUCGCGGAGGACACCGGCGGCGCAUCUAGAUUCAGCGAAUUUUGGCAAGGAUACUGGGUGGAUCGGAUGGACGCCGAGUUAGCCCGCCUGAACGGCAGCAACCUGUCCGAAGAGGAAAGACGGAAAGCGGAGGAGCUCGGCGUCGUCUGGCACGAUCAAUCUGAUUUGGAUGAUCAAUACGAUUUAGACUCGGUUGACUCACUAGAUCAUAGACCUUCCGAGUGCUAGUUCCACGAACUAGAUAGAAUUGUACCGGGUUAGAGAGUGCCACGCUCGGCGGCGAUGCUGGAGGAAGACAAGCCGUGGCGUUUCCGUCUGCGACAGCGACCAACCAGGCCAGGUAGCCUACCAGACAUAGCUAGGAUGCAAUGUUGGAUAAAUGCGGAUCAAUCUAGGACUUCCUCAAGAUGUUAGGUUGAGCCUCACUGAUCAUUACUACUUGGUGUCACUGAAGGAGGCAAAGGGGGCAUACCCCCCAUCAUGCACAGACUUGUUCUUGGCCUGUCCAGAGACGACAGCGUAUAUCUACGGCGAGGACCACAAGGGUGCAUAUGAUGUCUUUCCAGCCGUUCCUUUCCUCAACAGGGGAGUUGUGAU